AUGACCGACGCCAUCAAGGCGACGUUUUCCGCCAAAGCAGCCAAGGUGAGCAGCGAAAGAUGCAGUGGACCUCGCGGAUGGCGGUGAUGGAGUGUGAACGCCAGUCGUGGGUUGCUUUGCUGACAGGCCUACCAACCGCCGCCCCUGCUCCAUUCCCACGCGACCUCAGAACGAAGCAGUUUUCGUCUCCUUUGUCACUGCGGGUUUUCCAGCCAAGCAAGACACUGUGGAUGUUCUACUCGGUCUCGAAGCUGGUGGCGCGGACAUCAUCGAGCUCGGAGUGCCCUUCUCCGAUCCUCAAGCAGAUGGCGCUGCCAUUCAACGCAGCAACGAGGUGCGUGUGCAACCCGCGCAAUAUGUUGCACCAGCAUCGCUCACAGUGUUCGGCUCUUUCCUGCAUUUUCUUGCCCACAGGUCGCCCUCGAGCAGGGCGUGGACUACAAAACUUGCUUGUCCUAUGUGAAACAAGCUCGUUCUAGAGGCCUUAAAGCGCCAGUCUUACUGAUGGGAUACUACAACCCGCUCUUGGCACAUGGAGAACAAAAGGCGGUUCAAGAUGCUAAAGUGGCAGGCGCGAAUGGUUUCAUCGUGGUCGAUCUGCCUCCCGAAGAGGCCGAGGACUUCAGAGGAUUUUGCACUGCAGAUGGGUGAGUCUCGCGGCUGGUACAGAUCCCGAGGCGCCAGAUUUUGUGCCACUGUGCUUUGGUCACGAUGGGUACAUCACGUCACUUUGCUCUCCACUCACGCUCCAUGACUGCUCUUCAGUCUCUCGUACGUGCCGCUCAUUGCGCCUUCAACCUCGGACAAGCGCAUUCAGCACCUGUCCAAGCUUGCCGAUUCCUUCAUCUACGUCGUCUCCAAGAUGGGAACAACGGGCGUGUCCAACACAGUCUCUGAGAGUCUUCCUUCCAUGCUGGAGCGUAUUCGCAGCAUCACGGAUGUUCCAUUGGCGGUCGGCUUUGGAGUAGCGACGAGAGAGCAUUUUGUGCAGGUUGGCGAGCACGCCGAUGGAGUCGUCAUUGGUUCCAGGCUGGUCGCUGUGCUCCGAGAUGCUCAGCCAGCUACGACGGAAGCGCGUGUAGCAGCAGCUCGCGCGUACUGCGAGGAGAUCACGGGCAAGGCAGAGGGGGGAAUCAAGCGACAAAAUGAAAGAAAGCCCAUCAAGAUUUCGGACGCGAUCAAUCAGCCUGAUGGAGUCAAACCUCCAAAAGUGGACGCGGUCGUGAAUGGCGAUAGACCGCCGGUGCCAGGUCUAGACCCGACUGUCGAUCCCGUCUCUGGACAACUUCGGCCACCUCGGUUCGGCAAAUUCGGAGGACAAUACGUGCCGGAAGCUCUGUUCGAUGCGCACGCCGAAUUGGAAAAGGCGUACCUGGAUUGCAUCAACGAUCCAUCCUUCUGGAAAGAAUUUGAGAGUCAUUACGAGUACAUUGGCAGACCUUCAGAGCUGUACCUUGCAGAGAGAAUGACCGAAGCUGCUGGGGGUGCGCGAAUCUGGCUUAAACGAGAAGAUCUCAACCACACGGGAAGUCACAAGAUCAACAAUGCGAUGGGGCAAAUCCUGGUAGCGAGAAGGUUGGGCAAGACGAGAAUCAUCGCCGAGACUGGAGCUGGGCAACACGGCGUGGCUACUGCCACGGCCUGCGCCCGCUUCGGCAUGGAAUGCGUCGUGUACAUGGGAGCCGAAGACGUGAGGCGACAAAGCCUGAAUGCGUUUAGGAUGAAGAUGCUCGGUGCCAAGGUUGUGGCUGUGGAGAGCGGCAGCAAGACGUUGAAGGAUGCGAUCAAUGAAGCGAAUAGAGACUGGGUCACCAAUCUACACAACACGCAUUAUCUCGUCGGAUCAGCCAUUGGACCGCACCCGUUCCCUAGCUUGGUUAGAGACUUCCAAUCCAUCAUCGGAAAAGAAGUCAAGCAGCAAUUGAAGGAGAAGAAGAACAAGUUGCCGAACGCUGUGAUUGCUUGCGUUGGAGGUGGAAGCAAUGCCAUCGGCAUCUUCCACCCUUUCAUCAACGACCCCACAGUCAGGCUCAUUGGAGUAGAGGCCGGCGGCGAUGGUGAGCCUGCACGCGUUUUGCUUGUUGUGGCCCACGUGUACCAUGCUUGACGUAUUCGCACCAUCUUCCCCUCGUCUUUGCCAGGCAUCGAAACUAACAGGCACUCGGCCACCUUGUCAAAGGGCACGCCUGGUGUGCUGCACGGUGUGCGCACCUAUCUGCUUCAAGCUCCCGAUGGUCAGAUUACAGAGACGCACUCUAUUUCUGCUGGGCUUGACUAUCCAGGUGUGAGUGAUCAGGCAACUUUCAUGUGAUUUUGUUUGCCGAUGCGACGUGCAUUGGUGCUCGUGCUCAUACCACAUCUUUCCCACAACACCCUCAGGUCGGACCUGAGCACGCUUGGUUGAAGGACUCUGGAAGGGCAGAAUACAUCGCUGCAACGGACGAAGAGGCCCUUCAAGGUUUCAGAUUGCUGGCUCAGCUCGUAAGUGUCACAUGCCGACUCGCGAAGCACACCGCACGAAACAGAUUCCCAUACCCGUCCAAGUCACCUGACGCUGACCAAGCACUGCUUGCUCUGGCCACUUGACGCGCUCAGGAGGGUAUUCUGCCCGCUCUCGAAACUUCUCAUGCGCUCAUCAAGGCUUUCGACCUGGCCAAAAGGUUUGCAAAGGACGACGAUAUCGUCGUUUCGCUCUCCGGCCGCGGUGACAAAGACGUCGCCGAGCUCGCCAACCUGCUGCAGACCGGAUGGAGCGAGAGGCUCAAUUGGAAGAUCGCCUAG